AUAUUAGUGGAUAAUGUUCACGCAUUUUAUGUCCAUUUAAAGUUAAAAACUUCAGAGAACAUCAAACAAGUACAUCAGUAACCAAGUCAAGUGCCAAGUGUUCGGUAAAAAUGGUCGUUGCUAAGAAAUGGAUCUACGCCAAAGCCUUCUCCGGUUUGCCAACGGCGGAGAAUUUUCGACUCGAAGAGGAAACACUCGGCGAGUUGAAAGAUAAUGAAUUCCUCGCCGAAGCCAUUUUCCUCAGUGUGGACCCAUAUAUGCGGCCGUUCAUGACCGAACAUCCGGAGGGUACGGUUAUGAUUGGUGGACAGGUAGCCAAAGUGCUGGACAGUAAGAACGGUAAAUUCCCGACGGGAUCGUACGUCGUUGGAGCGUUCGGUUGGCGUACCCACAGCAUCUGCAAUCCGGAUGAGGUUGCCCCUGAGUGGAAGCCAUACCCACUGCCUGACUUUGCUGGCGAGCCUUUAUCUCUGGGGAUAGGAGCGCUCGGUAUGCCAGGUCAGACGGCGUAUUUUGGAUUUUUGGAAAUUUGCAAACCAAAGGAAGGGGAAACAGUGGUGGUCAGCGGAGCGGCCGGUGCCGUUGGAUCCUUGGUGGGUCAGAUCGCGAAAAUCAAAGGAUGUAAGGUGAUUGGAAUCGCCGGAACGGCCGCCAAGUGCGAGUGGAUCAAAAGCAUUGGGUUCGACCAUGCAAUUAACUACAAAACGGCCGAUUUGGAAGCCGAACUGAAGAAGGCCGCUCCGAAGGGGAUUGAUUGCUACUUCGAUAAUGUGGGUGGAAAAACUGCGGAAAUUGUUCGUGGACAGAUGAAUCUGUUUGGAAGGAUUUCCGUUUGUGGAACCAUCUCGGACUACAACUGCGAUGCGGCACAGGUUCAGGAUCCGCAACGGGACUACGUAUGGAAACAGCUGCGCCAGGAGGGGUUCAUGGUGUUCCGCUGGAACGACCGAAUGUUGGAAGCCAUCCAGCAGAAUCUGAAGUGGAUCAAGGAGGGAAAGCUUAAGUAUCGGGAAACGGUGACCGAAGGAUUCGAAAAUAUGCCAAAGGCGUUCAUUGGAAUGCUGACUGGGGAGAAUACCGGUAAGGCGGUUGUCAAAGUUUAAAAAUGAAAGACCAAU